AUGUCUACACCCUACGUAGAAUCGAUCAGUCGAACAAGCUACGAAACCCUUAUUUUAUCGCAAUCGGAUACGAACAAAAAACUUGGGAGACUCUGCACCGAGCAACAAACUCUAGUUAGAGCCUUGGAGAAGAAGCUCGCAAUCCAUGGCAUUACGAAUGUUUCUGGUCGGCCUGAUUCGCCAGACCAUGUAAAGGACAGCUCAGAGCCGGAACUGAGCACUCGUCACACAACAGAAGAAGCAGAGGAGCGGUACGGAGAAUUCCACGCCGAGUUCACAAAAACCCUGACGGCCUUUGCUCAUCGCGCAGAAACGGUUUUGGUACAUGCAGAUACGUACAAAGAAAACAAACAAUGGAAUGGAGAGCUAGUUAAGGUUCAGCACCAUGAUUGGGUACCUCCAGUACCAAUUCCAGAUUCUGAAAACGGGGUUGUGGAGCAGUUCUUUGAGUACAAUGCUAUUAUGCUCAAAAGGACGCCGCAUUUUCCCGUUGGGAGCGGUAACUCUCAUCCAAUUUUUGCACAAAGUCGACUCAAAGCCACUUCGGAGAGCGUUAUCGGAAGUCUACUAUUCUCACCCCAAAACAACAUGUGUCAAACUUCAUAUUUCACCUUCUGGGCGCUGUGCGGGCACAGUACUCUGGAAGACAAUAGAUGCGACUAUAGAGACUGCACCCUUCCAAGCCCUACACGAUCCAUCGAACAACAUCAGCUCUGUCGAUCAUGCGCCACAAACCCAGCAUCAUCUUAUCAACAACCACCGAACCACCAACAAAAUUGGGCCAGAACAGCUAGAGAGCUUGCAGUAUACAGACAGGCCGAGAUCUUUGCCGAGCAACAAUUAAUCGAAGCACUCGAUCAAGAGAGGAGAGAGGAAGAGCUUGCACUUGCACGCGUCUCCACUUAUCUAAUGACACUUGACCAAGCUCAGAGAAUUAGAUUUCUCUACAAAUCUUUGACAGAUGGCUCAAGAGACGAGAUCGAUGUAAGCGAGAUCCACAGCGAGAGACUCAGAGUACUCAGACGAGCAAUGUUCAAUGUUCCCAGUAGAUUUAUGAACGAUUGGAAAGUCCAAGACCUCACAGCGCAUACUGAUGCACUCAUCAAUGACACAAAUGCUCGCGCACAAAAAAAUCUUCUCGAAUUCGAAGAAUUCCACUUGAUCCAGUCUACGCUGACACUGGGAGAAUUAGGAGCCAUGAGUGGCCAGAUGAUGAAUGAUCGGACACUGCUUAGCCGAGACUACGCAACGUAUCUCGACUUGACUCUCCUCAUACACGAGCGAAAAGAGCAGGACAGACUUCAGGAGGAGAUAAACGCACUCCAAGCUGAAAUCAAUGCAGAAGAACGUCAUCGGUUGCAAGCCAUCUCUCGACUUUUGGAGCUGGUCUCCAUCAGCACCCUACCCAACGGCGAGUUCGAUCAGCGUUGCACAAUAUGUAUGGAAACAUACGGUGUACUCACGGAUGAUGGAGUGGUCGAGCAACCAACGCGACUUCCAUGCGGCCAUGUAUGCGGCACAACCUGCCUCACUAAAUGGUUCAUGGAAAACGACACUUGCGGGUUCUGUCGUCGUAACUACUGGGCUGAGCUCGGUAGCGCACCUCCCCCACAAAUGGCGCAGUCUGAAGAUGAACUUCCUGACUACGUCGAUGAGGAUGAAGAGAUGGCAGACUUCGCAGAUGGCUCUGAAGAGGGUGAGAUAGUGGAGCGACACAACGGAGAGAUAGUGCUCAGCCCAGCACCAUUCGAAUCGUUCUUCUCGGAUACCGGACAGGCAAAUUACCAAGAGCCUGUCAACUCCGACGACGAUAAUCCAUUUAUGGCCUGGGGCAUGUCUUCCGAGGAAGAUCUCAGCACGGACGACUCCCCAUUCGACGUGAUGGAGGUAGAUGAAAUGAUGAGACUGCUCGACUAUGACGAAGAUCAAGGCGAGCCUAAGCCAAUAAUACUCACUCCGUCACGAGCGCAGGAAGACUGCUUCGGUAAUCUGCUGGACGAAAUUGGUUUUCAUAGAGUCCCUCCCCCGUGGGCACGAUUCUGA